CAGUUCGUUCCUCAUUUGCCGCCAACAGGCAAAUUGUCGGAAGUUGUCAGUGUUGCGUUUUUGUCCGUCUUUUGUUUGAAAUUCGUUUGACGAUUUGAGCUUCUUGUAGUUUUGUACAGCAACUGCAAAGCGAUGUAUGCGUACGUCAAGUACGUUGAAGAUGACAUCAAGGCUAUUGUGCCGGUUUCCCUCAUUAUGGACUUUCACCCUGUGAAUUGUGAAUCGCUCCCUAAAUGCACCAAACUGACAUACUGGCGAUCAGCCGACGGUAGCGAGGCAGACUUUUACAAGGCAAAGGUUAUAAUGAUUCGAGCAACAAAGAAAGCCCUUAUUGCUGAAAUGCUGCACAGGUGUCUUGAAAUCCCUGACGUAAUUGAGCCUAUUGAAGACGACAAAGUUCUUGGGGACUCUAGGAUGAAGCUUGCAAGCAAAGACAGACUCAAAAGGCCUGAGCAACGACCAGCGAGGAGGAUGAGAGAGGAGGACACCGGGUCAGAGUACUCUGACUCUGAUGAUGAAGUGAUCCCCAAAAGGCUGUUUCUCCAGGCACAAGAUGAAAACAAAGAACAAGCACGUGAGAUACGUAAGCUGAGGAGGGAACUGGACAGUGAAAGGCGUCUCUGCCGUGAGUUGCAAGAGGCCCUGUUGAGGAAGCAGGGUACUCACUGCUGUAGUAGAAUAGAACAGUACACUUGUCCGUCAAUCACAGUACAGAUAACCAGAGCACCACAGAUGAGCCCUGUGACUGAGGGCUGCAUGCAACAAGUACCAGCACAAGGCAAACAACUUGAAGAUGGCAAUUUUAGUAACUUGACUGCCCUCUGCCCUGCACUGCCAUCUACUAGCCAUAUGGGUGAUGAGAAUACGAAUAAACCUGCUGUGCCUAUUGCUGGACAACGUUUUUCAACUAGAGACAUGGUCCCGCUACCUGUUGUUGAUGACAAGGUGGUCUUGGGUGAUGGUCUUUCCAUCGACUCGCAGAAGUUUAAGCAGAUGCUUAGUGCAUCCAGCGAUUCAAUGUUUUGUCGAGAUGUGGCAAGAGCCUUAUGGACACUGGAGGAACUAACAGGGAGAAGUGUGACUGGGGCUCCAUGCAGGAGGUUCCUCAAAACAGGAAAUCAAGCACGCCGGGCACUAACACCAGAGAAGAAGGCAGCCGUACGAACUGCAUUAAAAGAAUACAUCAGGAGAAAUCGGCGCUCUGAAGAAGACUCCUCACGACUUGCACAAGUUAACAAGCAUUUGGGAAACUUUCUGUCAGACAUGAAUAGAGGGAAGUGAGCAUCACUGUUCACUCCCAUCUUGUUCUGUCAAAGUAGACAGCAUUUUUUAAACUAAGCUUGCUAAUUUGAACUUUACGAGGAUGCUAAAAAAAUGUUGAGACGAAUCAAAGCUUGUAUGUUGCACAAGUAAGUCCGACAGUUCUGUUGUUGAAAAGAAAAAAAAAAUAGUUAUAGUAAUCUGUUUUUUGCCUUGAAAAUUAUUGCCACGAGCUUUUGCUCCAACGUGUGCAUGUGUUUUGGCAGUCUUUGAAGAUGAAGAAAAGGCACACAACAUUUCCGUUAGUCCAUCACCUACAACUCGGACCUCCUUCAAGAACUUUUAGCUUUUUCAGGGAUAGUGGGUUUCUAGGUGCGCCAUAAUUUUCUGUCUCCUAAGUUAUACAGACACGUUUAUGUUACAUUUUGCAUUUUUUUUAACCUAAUCAUUUAAAACCCCAUCGUUUUUAACCAAAUUUUUACAUUCACUACCACAGUCUUCCGCUCUAUGGCCCUUGUUGCUUUUGCACCAGAAAAAUCCAAUCAUCAUCAUCAUCAUCACCUACAAUUCGGAUGCCCACACUAUAUAGUUUCCUCGUUGUCACCCUCAUCGUCUCCUGUCCACAGACCGCCACCCAAAUCCAUGUACCUAUUGCAACACCCUGCAUAUCCCUCCUUAAACGACCUUCUGUGCUCUGGGGUUGGUAGCAAAAGCAGUUCACAAUUGCAAGACAAAAAUUUGGAAGGGGAAGUUCGGACGUUAUCGCAGUUUCGUGAGUUGCCGUGGCAGCUGGCGAGAAGGGUGAAGAAAAGCUGUGUGGGAGAAAUUGUUUCUUGGCCAGCAGCAAAUAUGGGUCGCGCAGUUCUCUGGUAGUGGCGCGCCGUCUAUCGCUUGGUCGAGAAAAAUACCAGCGUCAGCUUAUUGCAUCUACAAAGGGCAGCACACAGUUCAAAUUAUCGAUACAUUAGCUGAUA